AUGGGUUCUCCCCUAGGUGUCCUGUUUGCGAGCUUCUACAUUGGUACCAUAGAGCAGAGGGUCUUAGUUGUCAUAGACUUAAAACCUGCGAUAUACUGCAGGUACAAGCAGAGUGUUAUCAACGCUUACGUCGACUGGGCUCUCACUCACAGCUAUGAACCAGUCCAGCUUAAUAUAGAACCAGCCCAGCUUAAUAUAGAACCAGCCCAGCUUAAUACAGAACCAGCCCAGCUUAAUAUAGAACCAGCCCAGCUUAAUACAGAACCAGCCCAGCUUAAUACAGAACCAGCCCAGCUUAAUACAGAACCAGCCCAGCUUAAUACAGAACCAGCCCAGCUUAAUACAGAACCAGCCCAGCUUAAUAUAGCCCAGCUUAAUACAGAACCAGCCCAGCUUAAUACAGAACUAGCCCAGCUUAAUACAGAACCAGCCCAGCUUACAGAAUCAAUAAUACAGAACCAGCCCAGCUUAAUACAGAACCAGUCCAGCUUAAUACAGAACCAGCCCAGCUUAAUACAGAACCAGCCCAGCUUAAUACAGAACCAGCCCAGCUUAAUACAGAACCAGUCCAGCUUAAUACGGAACCAGUCCAGCUUAAUACAGAACCAGUCCAGCUUAAUACGGAACCAGCCCAGCUUAAUACAGAACCAGCCCAGAUUAGUACAGAACCAGCCCAGCUUAAUACAGAACCAGCCCAGCUUAAUACAGAACCAGCCCAGCUUAAUACAGAACCAGCCCAGCUUAAUACAGAACCAGCCCAACUUAAAGCCAACACAUCCUAACACAAAACUAACACUGCUUAACACCAAGCUUCACCAACACAACAUAUCACCAUGCAAACCAAAAGCUUGCAUAGAAUUAAGGCAAGUAGUAGCUAAGUGCUUGCAUACAAUCAAGACAGAACUAGCUAAGAGCUUGCAUACAAUCAAGACAGAACUAGCUAAGAGCUUGCAUACAAUCAAGAUAGAACUAGCUAAGAGCUUGCAUACAAUCAAGAUAGAACUAGCUAAGAGCUUGCAUACAAUCAAGAUAGAACUAGCUAAGAGCUUGCAUACAAUCAAGAUAGAACUAGCUAAGAGCUUGCAUACAAUCAAGACAGAACUAGCUAAGAGCUUGCAUACAAUCAAGAUAGAACUAGCUAAGAGCUUGCAUACAAUCAAAACAGAACUAGCUAAGAGUUUGCAUACAAUCAAGACAGAACUAGCUAAGAGCUUGCAUACAAUCAAGACAGAACUAGCUAAGAGCUUGCAUACAAUCAAGAUAGAACUAGCUAAGAGCUUGCAUACAAUCAAGACAGAACUAGUUAAGAGUUUGCAUACAAUCAAGAUAGAACUAGCUAAGAGCUUGCAUACAAUCAAGACAGAACUAGCUAAGUGCUUGCAUACAAUCAAGACAGAACUAGCUAAGUGCUUGCAUACAAUCAAGACAGAACUAGCUAAGAGCUUGCAUACAAUCAAGACAGAACUAGCUAAGAGUUUGCAUACAAUCAAGAUAGAACUAGCUAAGAGUUUGCAUACAAUCAAGACAGAACUAGCUAAGAGUUUGUAUACAAUCAAAACAGAACUAGCUAAGAGUUUGCAUACAAUCAAGACAGAACUAGCUAAGAGUUUGCAUACAAUCAAGAUAGAACUAGCUAAGAGUUUGCAUACAAUCAAGACAGAACUAGCUAAGAGUUUGCAUACAAUCAAAACAGAACUAGCUAAGAGUUUGCAUACAAUCAAGACAGAACUAGCUAAGAGUUUGCAUACAGUCAAAACAGAACUAGUUAAGAGUUUGCAUACAAUCAAGAUAGAACUAGCUAAGAGUUUGCAUACAAUCAAAACAGAACUAGCUAAGAGCUUGCAUACAAUCAAAACAGAACUAGCUAAGAGCUUGCAUACAAUCAAAACAGAACUAGCUAAGAGUUUGCAUACAAUCAAAACAGAACUAGUUAAGAGCUUGCAUACAAUCAAAACAGAACUAGCUAAGAGCUUGCAUACAAUCAAGAUAGAACUAGCUAAGAGCUUGCAUACAAUCAAGACAGAACUAGCUAAGAGCUUGCAUACAAUCAAGACAGAACUAGCUAAGAGCUUGCAUACAAUCAAGAUAGAACUAGCUAAGAGCUUGCAUACAAUCAAGACAGAACUAGUUAAGAGCUUGCAUACAAUCAAGACAGAACUAGCUAAGAGUUUGCAUACAAUCAAGAUAGAACUAGCUAAGAGCUUGCAUACAAUCAAGACAGAACUAGCUAAGAGUUUGCAUACAAUCAAAACAGAACUAGUUAAGAGCUUGCAUACAAUCAAAACAGAACUAGCUAAGAGUUUGCAUACAAUCAAAACAGAACUAGCUAAGAGCUUGCAUACAAUCAAAACAGAACUAGCUAAGAGCUUGCAUACAAUCAAAACAGAACUAGCUAAGAGUUUGCAUACAAUCAAAACAGAACUAGUUAAGAGCUUGCAUACAAUCAAAACAGAACUAGCUAAGAGCUUGCAUACAAUCAAGACAGAACUAGCUAAGAGUUUGCAUACAAUCAAAACAGAACUAGCUAAGAGCUUGCAUACAAUCAAAGCAAAACUAGCUAAGAGCUUGCAUACAAUCAAAACAGAACUAGCUAAGAGCUUGCAUACAAUCAAAACAGAACUAGCUAAGAGUUUGCAUACAAUCAAAACAGAACUAGCUAAAAGCUUGCAUAAAAGCAAGCCUAACACCAGCCAAAAGCUUAAAUAUAAUCAAAACAAAAAACUAGCCAAAAUAAAAUCUAUAUUUCAAAUUACUCUAUUAUAUAUCAAUUUCUAUUAUAUUAACAAAAAUUCUUACCGCAAUAACAUAACAAUAUAA